CUCGAGCACUCGACUGCCAGUCCGGCCGCCGCACGCCCUCGCCAUGUCUCGCGCGGUCGCCCUCGCGGCCCUCCUGCUGCUCGCCGCCCUCGCCGCGGCGCCGCUCGCCGCCGCGGACAGCAGCGCGGAGUCCAUCCCCUUCGCCAAGGAGGUCGCCGGCGGCGCCGACGCGGCCAAGAGCGCCGGCACGCAGGCCGCCGCGGCGGUCGCUGGGGGCGCCACCCCGCCCGUGGACCCCGACCCGUCCAGCGGCAUCAAGGCCGACCCCGCGCCCGCCAGGCGCUGAACCGUGGACCAAUCUUCGUUCGAUUACUUCCUUUUCUUCCGAGAGUUUUGUGAUCCGUGCGCGCCAGUGUCGCGCAUGCGUGUCGGUUAAUAAUUUUAGCACGUUUUUUUAGAGAACUUUUUUACUUGGUUUAUUAUUCGUUGAUCUUUCUCAUCGGUGAUUUUGUAAGUGUGGACGUACCACGCAGACCUGACCGGCAUUUUACGGUGGUGCUUGUUUCUUCUGACGUGAAAAAAAAACUGGAUUCAGACGGCAUGUCGUUAAUUUGACGUCUCAGAUUGAUCUUUU